UUGUGACGUAGUACGCAGCACGGAAGAAAAUAAACACCUGCAAUCAACACCACACCCGUCACGACUCUACAUAAAUUCAGCCAACUACUUUGGGUGACACAUAUUUAUAUUAAGCAAAUCGAAUAUAAAGACUGGAAAGACACUUUACCCUGAAUAUAAUCAAGUUUGCACUUUUCCAAGAUAAAGCUGAUUUAAUUAAUCUACCAUGAAAAGUUCCUACAAGUAUCCUGAUGGGAGUGAAUACAACGGAGAAUGGUCGGAUGAUGGACAGCGUCAAGGCUAUGGUCACAUGAAAUUUCCAGAUGGUGCACAGUAUUUUGGGAUGUUCGUGAAUGGACUCUGUGAGGGGCUUGGUGUCAUGGUGUUUUCAGACAAUUCAAGGUAUGAAGGAGAGUUUCAGCAAGGAAAGUUCAAUGGAAUGGGAGCCUUCCUUCGGUGUGAUGGGAUGAAAUUUGAAGGUCAAUUUCAGGAUGGCAAGAUUCGUGGCCAAGGUAUUGUCACUUUUCCUGAUGGAACACAUGGCCUCCCAAGAAAUGAAGGUUUUUUCGAUGGAAACAAAAUGGUCCGACGAGAAAAAUGUAUGGCAGCUGUUCAGAAAGCAAGACAAGUUGCUGAUCACGCUAAAGGUCAAAGUUCAUAGGGAUUUCGCAUUUGACAAUGUUAUGCCGAGGUGCUAUAAUUUGAAUGUCAAAAUUGAAACAAAGUUGAAAAGGUUGUUUUUAUUAUUGAAUUCCGUUCAAAUUGUUCAGAUGAAUUUUGAAUUAUUGAAUUCCAUGUUCUUAGUUUGCAAACAUUCACACUCAGUUUGUUAAAUUUGUUAAUGAACGAAUUUGCUCUUAUGCUUUUCAUCAAUAAUGUAUUUCACAAACUUGCCUCUCUGAACAUACGUUUGUACUAAUUUUUCCUGAAUACUAGAUUUCACAAAAGUAAUGAAGUUUUCAGCUCUAUAACUUUUAUUGGCUUUUAGACUUCUUCAUUACUACUGUACCAUUUUGUUGAGAUCACUGUUCAGUAUUGUGCCUCAUAUUCUGAUCGUAGUCGCUAAAUAAUUGGGGUUUUUUUUUUAGGAAAAAAACUUCGAAAUACCACGCUUAAGUCAGUCAGUUUCUGAAUGGUGAUUGAAGUAAAUACCAUGUUUUAAAUGACUGAAUAUCAUUAAUAGAAAGCAAGGUUUGAGAUUUUGCAGAGAAACAACUUGCAUCUGGCAUUUCACAAAACAGUAGAUUGUCUCCCUUUAAUUGGUUCUCGAGCAUAUUGUAUUAUUUACUCCUAGAAUUGUUUUUAAGAAAAAAAAGAGUAUAUAUGUGUAAAGCAUUGGUGUAUUCAAAGAUAUAGUUGCAGAGAAAAAAGUAUUGUUACAGUAAUAAAUGUUUGUAUGAAAUAUAAGAGAAAGAGAGACAUAAAAAGAAUACAUUGAAUACAUAUUAAUCUUUAUACGCAUUUCUUAUGUUGAUUUGUUAUGUUCUAUAACAUUCCAUAUCAGACUAUUAAUUUUUUUUUACAUUUUUAUACAUUGUUAUUUUUUAGUAUGUGAUAUUUCAUGUCACUAGAUCUCCCAUUUAUAUAAAUGUCAGUUAGAAUGGUACAGAUUUCACACAUGAUGAAAUGAUUACUUUUUGCUAACAAUUAAUGGAGACAAACAUGUUUGAUUGUUGGUCAUUAAGAUUCCAUAUUAUUAUCUGUAUGUAAAACGGAGAUAUGUUGAUGAUAUUUGUUAGCAUAAUAGAAAAUUAUGAACAUUUGUAUUCCUAUUGUUUGUCGGUUAUUUCUUCAAUCUGAUUAAAAUACACAUUAUGUUAUGAAGAUCUCAUUGUGGCCGGUAAGGGUCAUGUUUCAGUUGACCCAAAUGCUUACCAAUGAAUGGAAUAUUUUCAGCCAAUCAAAAAGCAUCUCUUGUAGCAAAUUGAACAGGCUAUCAAAACAGUAUUGAAAAUGUUAAUUACUGUGUUUUGCUACUUCAUUUCCUUCCAGGACAUUGUCCGUUACAACAUUGAAAAAUUCAGACUACAAUUACAUUGCCCACUCAAUACAUUGCUUUGAAGUGGCUAAAGAUUAUCUUAGUCUGGUUGACAUUUGGGACUCAAAGAUACUAUCUAUUCAAUAAGAACCAACCAUGAUGUUAUUGAGGGAAACCAGAUUCUAACAAAAUUUUGCUGGUUUAAUUAAUAUUGGUUAGUUGAAAAACCUACUGAACAUGAAUUCUUAGUGGCCAAUGACAGAUCUUCAUAUUUUAGUGCAUAAUGAUGAUCUGUAUUUUAACCUGAUUGUUAUUUUUAACCCCACUGUUUUAGGUGUGUCCAAGGGUGAUGACCCAAUAUUUUUGGGCAUUUAAUGUAUCUCGACCCCUUGCUCAAUGUCUUGUUGAGAAAUCCUUGUUACAUAAGGUUGAAAUAUCUUAAGGUAGAGUGUAUCAGUACUAUAUGCUGUAUAUCAUACAAACAAGAUAUACAAAAGAAAAAUACCCUAAAAAAUACACAUCUCAGACUCGUUCCCAUGCUCUUUGACUAAUGCAGGAAAUGUACAAUUUGCUAAGCAUCAUGCUACCAAGCAUGUUUUAUAAAACAUUUUACAAGUACAUCAUGUAAUUUCGUAAUGUUCAAACACCCUAAAAAGACUUACCUACAACUGUCUUUGAAAUACAGACUAAAAUCAGGAAAAUAACUUGUGUAAGUCAGUGUAGCAAGUUACGAGACACUCUACCUUAAAAAGUUGUCAAUUUGAAAUACUGAGUAUUUUAAUGUGAUGUUGCAAAAACUGAAAUUGUGGAAAUGUAUAUUAUAGAUGUUAUAAUAUGUUUUUGUUUUAAACAUGUACACCUAUACAUAUAUAACUUAAUGAGUCUAUAUGUGAAAGUAAUAAAAUCUUGUUUACUGUGUAACAGUAUUACACAAGUACAUUUUUGUAUUACAUGCACUAUUAUAUAUAUCUUAAUACCUAUAUCUGUGAGAGUAAGAACAAAGUUUUUCUUUUAUACCAAUACAAAAUAAAUUAAUAAAGACAAGGAA